AUGGCAACAAUAUCCAAUCACGGUACAACAAAACAAAAACCACGUCUUGAUUAUAAUGAACUUCGUAACUUUGAUGAAAAGAUUAUUGAUCGUGCUUGCAAUACACAAGAAACACCAGAUAUUAUUAUUAGUAAUUGUUUCAGAGGCAUGUCUGAUGAAGGAAUUACUCGUUUACCAACUCGAGAAAAUAUAAAACGUCGAAUUAGAAAAUUACGUUAUAAUAAUGAUUUUAUUUCACCACCAAACGAUGCAAAUUUUAUAUCAAUUCCAACUAUAUUAUGUAAAACUCUACGUCAAGCUCAAUUCUUACGUUGUGAUACUGGUCCAGGUGAUGAUAGAAUAAUAAUAUUCUCAAGUGAUGAACAAAUUAAUAUUCUUCAAUCCACGCAUCAUUUUUUAGCUGAUGGCACAUUUAAAGUAGUACCUGGAAUAUUUUAUCGAUUAUAUAUUACACACGCAAUAUAUCGUGAUCAUGUUAUUCCAGUCAUAUAUGCAUUAUUACGUCGUAAGGACACUGGUGCAUAUCGUCGAUUAAUUAAUGAAAUUCUUAAAAUUGCACCACAAUGGACUCCUCAUUCUAUCAUGAUUGGCUUUGAAAAGGCAUGCAUUAAUGUUUAUGAAGAAAUUUUUCCAAAUAUUGCAGUAUCUGGUUGUUAUUUUCAUUUACAACAGAAUCUUUAUCGUAAAUUACAAGAUUUAGGAUGGCAAAAUAGAUAUCAAACAGAUUCUAUUUUUGCACACAAUAUUCAUAAAUUUGGUGCAUUAGUAUUUUUAGAAAUAAAUAAUGUCAUUAAAGGUUUUGAAAGUUUAUCGAUGGAUCUUGAAGAAGAUUAUCAAGAAAUGAUUGAUUAUUUCGAAGAAACAUAUAUUGGACGGCUGCAGCCAAAUCACACAAGAAGAAAAGCUACAUUCGAUAUUCAUUUGUGGAACAUGCAUAGUAGAACUUCAACAUCAUCUAUGAGAACAAAUAACUCGGCUGAAGCUUAUCAUCGUCGAAUUGGCUCAGUUUUUCAAUGUGCUCAUCCAACACUCUGGGUAUUCUUACAAAAAUUAAUUGAUGAAGAAAAUGUUACUCAUGCUGAUAUAUUACAAAUAAAUGCUGGUCAACCACCAAAAAUGAAGAAAAAAAACCAACGCUUUGAAAAACGCUUAUUACACCUUAUUUCAACACCUCAUUCAGAUAUUCUAAUUCAAAUUGAUUCAAUUGCACAUAAUAUUUCAUUUAGAGGCCUGCAGGUUAAGGUAUUUUGA